AUGUAUGUCAAUUUUCUAAGGAAUUACUUACCAAAGAAUUACGGCGCAAGUUGCUUCCGUCUCUUGCUCCUGGGCAUUCGGUUGUCCACCUCCGCUUCGAACCACCCAGGCUCUGGAGUCGGCCUAUUGACUAGGUUAUUCGGACGCCAGGUUAUGAGACUUGCCUUCCUUCUCAAGCCCAGGCGCUGCCUCCCCAUGCAAUUCAACCGUGCGUCAAGGAACGUUUCCUCUUCUUCUCAAGACAGAACCGACGCACGCCCCGGGAUCAAACGCUCCUUCUCCCAGCAAGCAGCAACACAGCCCUUGCCGCAUUCUCCAUCCUUCCCGGAGCCCCCUCCUGCCAAGCUUCCCCGUGCUGUCGAUCCUUCUGGCCAACCCUCCGCCUUUUCUACCGCGAGGCACGACAUAUCCCGUUCAAUGGCUUCAUCAAGUCGACGAAACCAACACCGUAGUGCCGAUGCAGGCUCCUCCCAUCAUGCCGCUACACCCAGUUCUCUGCGCUCAUCAAAGCGGGGAAGGCGUCCAGCAGCCUCAUCCCAGGCACCACUCAAGAACCUUCUUGAAGGACCGUAUCAUGACGAGGAGCAUAUCAUUCAAGAAUACGACAAGUCGUCUAUCCAUUUGAAGCCUCUUCAUCAGGAGGCACCCAAGGUUCCCGUCAACAACUUCUAUCAGAUAGUCAAGAACAAGCAACCAGAUUAUGUCUCGGUAUCAGGGACUAUCAUGAAGGGAAAUCGUAAAGAGCAGAUUUGGAGAACGACUUUGCAACUCGACAUCGAACCUCCAGUGCUGGGAAUCGGCGAUAGUGCCGACAAGAAGCAAUCAAUACACUUAGCUGCCUUGUCUGCUCUCUACCAGCUCCAUGAACGUCGUGUUCUCGACGAUCCCAGACGUCUUCAACCUGAAAAACCUGUGGCCGUAACCGAAGUUCAAUUAGACGAUGGCUCGACGGUCACUUACGAAAAGGCGCGCAGCUUCAUGGACUAUUACUGCCGCAAGUUCGGGUUUGGUAAGCCAGAUAUCGACUUCGACUCACGAAAAGGAGGGAGCCAUUGGGAUGCGAUUAUGACUGUCGGGGACCGCAGGAUCGGGAUGGGCUCUGGACCUAACAAGAAGCAGGCUCAGAUUGCCUGUUUUUUGGAUGUCACCAAGUAUCUCCAAAGCUGUGAUCCUGAAUUAUGGGAGACGUAUCUGAAGGACGUGCGGACGGGGCGGGAUCUUGGUUUGGCACCGAGAGUCGAGUUCAUCGUCAGUCCGGCCCUCGAAAACACCAUAGGAGACAUCUGCGAGGACAUCCGCAAGACCAGUCUGUACAGGAACCGGCCGUCACGACAUGCGGUUAACACUAUCGACCCCUCUACAUCCCCAGAUGCCCCUCUGCCGACCGGUCCAAGGGCACAGAUGAACAGCUUUAGAGCAAGGCGGCAACACACCAGCUUGGAAACAAAAUCGAAGCUGUUGCUAGAGAGGAGGAAACAGUACUUGGCCGAUCCGAAGAUGGAGCGAAUGCGCGAGAUACGAAAGGCUCUCCCCGUCUACUCGAAGGCGAGGGACGUCCUCGACCAUAUUUCCAACAACGAGGUGACAAUAUGCAUGGCCACCACAGGCUCCGGAAAAACAACACAAAUCCCCCAAAUGAUUUUGGACGAGUACAUUGACCGUGGAGAGGGUGCUAAGUGCAACAUCGUUUGCACGCAGCCCCGUCGGUUAGCAGCGAUCAGUGUUGCAGACCGAGUGGCCAAGGAACGAGGCGAGCCAGUGGGCAAGACGAUCGGAUACCACGUUCGUUUCGAGGCCAACCUUCCCGAACCCGAUGGUUCCGUUACCUUUUGUACCACUGGUGUUUUCCUGAAGCGUCUGCAAUCGGUUCUAUCUGGUUACGAUAGUCGUGGACGUGGCGAGUUCGAGAACAUUACACAUAUUGUUGUGGAUGAGGUGCAUGAACGCGACGUUGACACUGAUUUGCUCUUGGUCGUGCUCAAGGAACUGAGGGAACAAAGGAAGGCGAAGAACCAGACGCUGAAGAUUAUCCUCAUGAGCGCCACUAUCGAUCCCACCCUUUUCCAGACUUAUUUCCCAGAUGACUUAGGUGCUCCAGCGAAGACCAUCGCCGUUCCUGGUCGUUCAUUCCCUGUGACAAAGCAGUUCGUGGAAGAUUAUGCGACGAAAGUGCUGAGCGGUCCAAUGCGCUGGGUGGGCGAGCAAGAGAACGUCUCGCGGUAUCUUACCAGAGAGUUGGGCCCAACUGCAGCCACGAAGCUGGGCGUUCGUCAGCCCAAAGAAAUGUCUGCAACUGCCGACCUCGAACUUCCAUAUCCGUUCAUCGCCGCUACUAUCAGCCAUGUCCUGCAGUCCUCGCAGGAUGGGCAUGUUUUAGUUUUCCUUCCUGGGUGGGAAGAAAUUGUCGCCACCCAACGCGCUCUUCUUCAGCCCCUCGGCCCUUUGGGCAUCAACUUUAACUCCUAUAAGUACUCCCUUCAUCUCUUGCACUCCUCCAUCCCAUUGGCCGAGCAGCAAGCAAUCUUCGAACCCCCGGCAGCAGGUGUACGGAGAGUUAUUCUUGCGACCAACAUUGCAGAAACCUCGGUCACGAUUCCUGACGUGGUAUAUGUCAUCGACACAGCCAAAGUCAAGGAGCAGAAGUAUGACCCCGAGCGUCACAUGUCAUCCCUCGUCUCUGCAUGGGUAGGUUCGUCAAAUCUCCUUCAACGUGCAGGUCGCGCGGGUCGACAUCGACCUGGCGAGUACUAUGGCAUCCUCGGUAAGAGUCGCGCAGAUGCUUUACAACCAUACCAGACUGUCGAGAUGAAGCGCGUUGAUCUGAGCAACGUCGUCAUGCAUGUCAAGGCACUGAACAUGCCUGGGAUGUCGGUCGAGCAAGUCCUCGCCGCCGCUAUCGAGCCUCCGGAUCCGGCUCGCGUGGAUGCUGCCAUGAAAGACUUGCAAAUGGUUGGUGCUCUGGACUCCGAGAAGAAUCUGACCUCGUUGGGCAGAGUACUCCUGCAGUUGCCUGUGGACGUUCAAAUGGGCCGUCUGGUUUUGUACGGCAGCUUCUUUAGGUGCCUGGACCAGGCAUUGACGCUGGCAGCCAUAUUGACGAAUCGCGAGCCCUUCAUGUCUCCAAUGCACGCCCGGGAGGAAGCUGCACAGAGGAAGAAUUCCUGGAGUCCUGAGGGUUUUAGAUCUGAUGCCCUCGCUGUUCUCAGGGCCUACAACGCCUGGUGGGCCAUGCAGUCCCGCGGCGAAUACAUCAGCGCCAACAGAUUUUGCAACGAAAAUUUCUUGUCUAAGCCCACGUUACUCUUAAUUCAGAAGGUUAAAGUGCAUCUCCUGCAAGCACUUUACCGCGCAGGUGUUAUCGAAGUUUCAGCUGGGGGCGAAAUUAACAACCCCUUCGACAAGAACGCACUUGCAAGGAACUUCGUUGUCCCUCCCGCGUUGAACGCCAACAAAGACUCGUACCCUCUAUUGACUGCAUUGAUUGCUAUUGCGACUCAGCCCAAGUUCGCAAUUCGUCUCAAAGGAACUGAGAAGAGCGGUUAUCGAACAUCCAGGGACAAGUUUGCUCUGAUUCAUCCGUCAAGCGUGAACCAUCGGAAACAUGGAAACUCUGGAGAUGCUACUCCAGAGAAACAGCUAUUUGCAUUUGCUGAGAAGCGACAGAACAAUACUCAGGGUAGUGGCCAAACUUUCCUUGUUAACACAACGCGACUGGACCCUUUGUCCUAUAUCCUGUUUGGUGCGUACAGCGUAGAGGUCGUUGAAAGUGGGCUAGAAUGCGAUAACUGGCUUCCUAUCGUCGGCGAUGUCAGAACACUGGACGACGUGCAACGAUUGAAGCAAUCAAUGGAGGCAUGCAUGCUCCGCGUUUUCGAGGGUAUCACAAUGAGCCGCCAACGUAAAGGUCAGCAUUUACCGAUCCUACCCAGGGAAGAGGAGGGUGAAUCAGAAUCUGGAGAUGAAGGCGAAGAUAUGCGAGACUACUCUUUGUCACGGGAAGAAGUGAAAGAGCUAGACGUUGUCACUACAGACAUCGUGAAUCUCUUGGACUCCUACAGCGACGAACGUCUAGUAUCUCAAUCUGUGCACAACUCAAGAGCAGGGACCCCCAUGGGGUCGCCUUUCUCAGCUGUCUCACGACUGCCUGGGACUGCAUCGGGAUAUACAACCCCUAGCUACUACCAGUCACGUCCCGGGACCCCUAGCCGCUUGCGAAGAUUUUAG